AAUACAAAACUGAUGCAGUGAGGAGCAAAGGAACAACUGCCGCACUUAUUCAGAUAAUUUUUAUUGUAGUAUGGCAAGUCCCAUCAUGCAUCAAGACGUUGGAGAAGAUGAAAUUGAGCUGGAGAAGAACAUCCGGAGACUGAGAGAGACGUUUCACGCGAGGGUCAUUCCCAAGCCAGUAGCUGACUCCUUAAUGAGGAGGUACGACAGUGACUGUAACCUGGUGGUGCAAGAAAUCAUGCGUCUUCGGGAUCAGGUGGAUGACGCAGAGCUUGGUGCUGAGGGCCCGCUAACGAAUGACGCACAGGAUUCGAGCGAAGACAAUGAUGACCAUGACAUACAGGAAAUAGCAGACCGCUUAAGGAUACUUCCACUGACUGAGAAGAACUUGCGAAUGUUUGACUCAGCAAGGUGCAGUAAGAUUCCUGGUAGUCCAAGACUGUUCGCAUGCCCAUGCUGUGAUAGAAGUUGGUGGAGGGAAGUGCCUGAAAGGAAAAAGGUCUCAAGAUGUCGUGGAUGUAAAAUAAAGUAUGAUGCAGUGCCAAGAGAUCAGGAAUGGGGUCUCGCUGAGUAUAAUUGCCAAUACUGCAAUAAUUUUUUCAGGAGCUUUGGACAGAUGGGGCUUCCUGCCCCAUGCUACAGGUGCCGGAAUGUCGUUCUACCCAACAUUAUCAUUCCACCCCAACAAAAUCGGACACCAUUGAGAAAUGAGAGACGGAGUGACCAUGGCUGCUGUGCCGAGGAUUGUUAUAACAGGCAAGAGCCCUAUGUUCCUGGUACACACUGUAUUCAUCCCAGGACACGGAAGAUGCGUGAGCUGCCCAAGGUGCUGUGUCCCAGCGGGCAACACGAGUCUACUGGAUCAACAGUUGCCAGCUGCAUUAGCCAGGGUUCCUCAAUGGAGUGCGAUGUUGAAGUGAUCAUCCAGGAGGAUCUGAAGGUAAUCCUAGAAGAAGACGAAGCCCAGUGCGUGACAUGAGUUGAAAAUGCUGCUGCUCCUCCACUUGCCUGCCUCUAUGACAGAAGUCUCAGUACUUUUAACCUGGGAUUAUCGUGAGCCGAGAACGGAUGGUGAAUUGGACUGGGGGAUUAUGUCAAACCCUGGUGAGCAGGACUUGAGGUGCUUUAGGCCAGGGAAGGCUGACUGGCGAGUGGUGUUUGUUUUAUUUUUAGUAUUCUCGCUUCUAACUGCUAACCCUUCCAUUCUUUUUCUUAUUAAACAGUUACUUCACCAUUA